CGUGUUAUCUAUGAAUCAGAAACUGCAAAACCAAAUAAUUAUUUGGGUGCAUUAUCAAGAAUUCAAGUUAAAGCUCUCAUUAAUCUACACAACAACGAUUAUCAUUUAGGUAGGCAUGGAGAAACCCACAACUUUGCGCGAGGCUUUCAAGAGAUGGGAAGAAAAACAUCCAGACCAGAAGAUUUCGGAAGCGAAAGAAGUGUCGCUGUGCUUUCAGUGGCCGCCCAUAGAAAAGAUGGACUCUGCGCUGGAUAUGUUGGUCAACUGCGAGAAAUUGUCGCUAUCGUCGAACAACAUCGACAGGAUCACCGGCCUGGCGAAGCUGCAGAACUUGAAGAUUUUGGCUCUUGGAAGAAACAAGAUUAAAAAUUUCAAUGGCUUGGAGGUUCUGGCCGACUCCCUGGAACAGCUCUGGAUAUCUUACAACUCCAUAGAGAGGAUGAGGACAGUGAUUGCUCUGAGGAACCUCAAAGUGCUGUACAUGACGUAUAACUUGGUGAAGGACUGGGCAGAGUUUGGAAACCUCGCUAGUCUCCCAAAACUCGAGGAUCUGGCUUUCCUGGGGAAUCCUCUGGAGGAAAAUUAUGAAAACAAAGUGGCUUGGCGUCAAGAGGUAAAACAAAAAGUGCCGAACCUGGAAAAACUUGAUGGGGUGUUAUUCGUCUAGGGAACCACAAGAACAUUUGAAUAAGUGUGAUAUAUUACAUUCAAAACAUAUAUUUUGUGCCAGUAAAUGUAAGUGGACUAACUAAUAGAAUACGUGAAUUCAACAAUAAAUGUUCUUAUGUCUUAAGUGACUAAUAUCAGAUUUUCAGGAAUUUACAUUUACUUAAAUAACAUAGACUACAUAACCUCACAAAAUACAAAAAAAAAAAAAAAAAAAAAAAAAAAUCUGUUUCGAAAGUAAAAAAUAUAAGCCUUAAAGUUUUAUUUGUGUGAUAACAAUUAAAAUGUAUCCCAAGCCACUAUCUAUAAGACAAUGAUAACGGAAAUUGUUCCUAUCUAAGAAAACAAGCAAAUAAAUUCAGCAAUCUGCGUAAU